GGUGGAGUUUCCGCCGGCGGUGCAGCUUCCCCUUCGCUCUGCUGGUUUCUGACUCGCCGUGUUCAGUUUCCCUCAUACCUGGAUCGAAAGGCUGACCGGCCAAGAUGUCGAGCAAACGGGCCAAGGGUAAAACGACCAAGAAGCGCCCUCAGCGCGCCACGUCGAACGUCUUUGCCAUGUUUGACCAGUCGCAGAUCCAGGAGUUCAAGGAGGCGUUCAACAUGAUCGACCAAAACCGGGACGGUUUCAUCGACAAGGAGGACCUGCAUGACAUGCUUGCCUCGCUUGGGAAGAACCCGACAGAUGAGUACUUGGAGGCAAUGAUGAACGAGGCCCCUGGACCCAUCAACUUCACCAUGUUCCUCACAAUGUUCGGCGAGAAGCUCAAUGGCACCGACCCUGAGGACGUCAUCAGGAACGCAUUUGCCUGCUUUGAUGAGGAGGGGACAGGCUUCAUCCAGGAGGAGUGUCUGCGGGAGCUGCUCACCACCAUGGGCGACCGCUUCACGGACGAGGAGGUGGACGAGCUCUUCAGAGAGGCUCCCAUUGACAAGAAGGGCAACUUCAACUACGUGGAGUUCACGCGUAUCCUGAAACAUGGUGCCAAGGAUAAGGAUGACUAGGCUGCCGCUCCAGUGGCAUGUAAACAUGUCCCCCGUACCAUGUGUGACCUGGUUAGAACAUCUGUGUGCAUUUCUUAGCUUGGAGGCCCUUGGCUGAGGUAAAAGAACCACUCAAGGCUGUUCACCUUGUAUGUGAACGCAUUAGUUCAGAUGCACGUCUGUUGUGAGUGGCUCCUGCUGAUCUACAGUAACAUUGAAGUUGUGAAAGAAAUAAACCUCUGGAUCUGUCAAUCAUUGGGCCUGAACUAGCCGAACUUCUGCUUUUUCUAAUUAAACUCUUUGAAAACUAA